AUGCUUACAGAAACUCAGCCAAUUAAAGUUGUAUUGGUUGGUGAUACACAAGUUGGUAAAACAUCUAUAGUUAAUGCAUACGCACGCAAAACAGAAAAAACUGUUCCAACAAUUGGAGCAAAUUCUUUUUCAUUUGCAGUCAAAUUAAAUGACUCCGUUGUUAAUUUGAGCGUAUGGGAUACAGCAGGACAGGAAGAAUUUAAAUGUCUUGUUCCAAUGUACGCUCGAGGCGCUCAAGUUGCAGUUGUAGUUUUUGAUCUUUCAAAUAAAGAUUCAUUUAACAGUGUAAAUGGUUGGAUAGAGAGUGUUGUAGAAGACUAUGCCAUCCCUAAUAUUAUUGUUGUCGGAAACAAAGUAGAUUUAGAAUCAUUUUGCGAUUAUCAAAAUUUAGUCAUCGAAUACAAGGAUAAGGAUAUAGAAUUUCUCCAAACAUCUGCUGUAACAGGAGCUGGAAUUGAUACUCUUUUUUAUUCGAUUGCCACAAAGACUUUAGCAGCAACAACUGCACAAUCAGAAACUACUACAUUUAUACCAAGACCUCAACUCGAGGAAACCAAUAACAAACCUUGCUGUUAA